AUGGGUUUGAGCUUGUUGCAGGGUAUGGGGCCGCUCGAAGCAGCAACUGGCGGCGAGAUCCUCGGUUUCGCCAGCAUUGUGAAUUGGCCAGGAGAGGAGGAAGAGUACGAGGAAGAAACGGAGGAAGAUGAUCCAGAGGUCAGGUCCUUGCACAACCAAGAGUCCUCUGAAGUUUCGUCGAUCCAUCCUCCGCCCUUGCCGAGAACGGUUGCAGGGCGCUUUCGACUGCGGGGCGAGAUUGGCUCUGGCUCCUACAGCGAAGUCUACAUGGGAGAGGAUGGCGAUGCGGGCGACAAUGUGGCCAUCAAAGUCGAAUGGCACCAUGCCGAGAAGGGUGCGAAGCUGCUGGAAGAAGCAAAAUUCUACAAAUCGCUCGGGCUGCACAACGGCUCGGCUCCUCAGUGGCCGCUCAUCAGAUGGGUUGGUACCGAAGGGGAGUAUGACAUGAUGGUCAUGGACUUGCUCGGACCAUCGCUGGAUGCAUACUUCAAGCACUGUGGGUCGUUUAGCUUGAAGACAACUCUAACGGUUGCCCUUCAGAUAAUCGACCGCCUCGAAUACGUGCAUAGCUGCGGCAUCUUGUACAGGGACAUCAAGCCGCACAACUUUUUGAUGGGUUUGGGGGAACACAGUAGCCGAGUGUACAUCGUAGACUUCGGGCUUGCCAAGAGGUACAUUGACAAGCAUGGCCGGCAUAUUGCCUGCUCCAGCAAGAAGCGGAGCGGCGUCACCGGCACCGUGCGGUACAGCUCGAUCAAUGUGCAUGAAGGAGUUGACGCGAGUCGUCGCGAUGACCUAGAAGCCACAGGCUACAUGUUUGUGCAUUUUCUUCGAGGCGACUUGCCCUGGCUGGGCCUCAAGGCUCACUCCAAGAAGUCCAAGCACAAGGCGAUUGGCCGUGUGAAGCAGCAGACAAGUGACGAGGAACUGUGCAAGGGAUAUCCUGACGAAUUCCGUGAGUUCAUCGCUUAUUCGAAGUCACUGGGGUACGCGGACCAGCCAGACUACGAAUACUUGCGCGGCAUGUUCCGGAAGCUCUUCGAGAGGCAGGGCUUUCGCUUCGAUGGCCAGUUUGAUUGGACGGGCAAGACGCUGGGCUGCAUGUUCCGUGCUUGCUCGAUCAUGUGA